CACCUCACUCUUUGUGUCUGCACUUCUGUGAGCUUUUAGGCUCCUGCGCUGUUGCCAUUCGCUCCUUCCACCUGCAUUAUUGUCCCUGCACGACCGCUUGACGUUAUCGACGAUACAAGAGCUCGGCAUAGCUCGAGUGGAGCUAUCAGGCCGCCGCGCCACUCGCAUACACCAUGCGCUCAGCACCAUGGACGGCCUCGCUGGCGACUCUGUUGAGUCUGGCGGGGCCCUCGAUAGCAUACAAAACCUACGCGAAUUAUUCCGUCGCUGAAGCGCCCGACUCGCUCUUCUCUAUCUACGGCGACCGUCCCGAUGGCUGCCCACCCUGCUUCAACUGCAACCUCGAGGACUUCAAGUGCCAGCAGUUCGCCGAAUGUAGCAAAGCAAAUGGGCGCUGUAGUUGUGGGCCUGGGUUUGGAGGGGAAGACUGUUCAGAGCCACUGUGCGGAUCUCUGCCCAAAGGCAAAGACAGGUCACCAAGAGGCAGCGAGAAAGAGUGCCAGUGUGACGAGGGCUGGGGUGGCAUCAACUGCAAUGUCUGUCAAACAAACGAUGCCUGCAACGCUAUGAUGCCUGAUGGUGAAGGUGGCGUCUGCUACAAGGAUGGUCAGUUGGUCAAGGAGAACUUCCAGAUUUGCGACAUUACGAACAAGAAGAUCCUGGACCAACUGAAGGAUAAGAAACCACAGGCGACUUUCUCUUGUAACGCUGAGACCGAAGAGUGUAACUUUCAAUUCUGGGUUGACCAGCGGGAAUCCUUCUAUUGCGCCCUCGACACAUGCUCUUCCGAUUGGGUAGCCGAAUCCGACCGCAACACCACCCUUUACCGCUGCGAGAACAUCGAAUGCGCCUGCGUACCGGACAGAAUGCUUUGUGGAGAAGCUGGCUCGAUUGAUAUCGGGGACUUCUUGAAGGAGUCAAUUCGCGGUCCUGCCGAGUUCAAGUCUAUCGCCUCCGAAAGGAGUGGCGAAUCAGGGAGCUCUUUCUCAGAGCCUGCUAUGAACGACCUCAUCUCUAGCAUUUUCGGCGACGAGAGCAUCCUGCUCAAGUGCGACACUGGAGAAUGUUUGUAUCAGAACCAGGUUCCCGGAUAUGAGCGACCUAUCAAGAAGAUCAACACCCCUCUGAUUGCCGGGGUCAUAGCCUCUGUCGCGUUAUUUAUCGUGGCCGCAAUCCUUGCCAUCUGGUACCUCACACACCGCGCCGAGAGGAAUAAAUACGGCGCGAUCCACCUCUCUGAUGACGAGGAGGAAGACAACGCCAAACUUCUCGGGGACCACAAACCGGCUGCGCUGAUGUUCGAGAACGUUGGCUACAAUCUCAAGGGCAAGCAGAUCCUGUCUGGCAUCUCUGGUGCUGUUCAUCCUGGCGAGCUCCUUGCGAUCAUGGGAGCUUCAGGUGCGGGCAAAACUACUUUCCUGGACAUCUUGGCUCGCAAGAACAAGAUAGGUGCAGCUUGCGGAGACUUUUAUCUGAACGGCCAAAAAAUUCGUGACGACGAGUUUAGAAGCGUCAUUGGCUUCGUUGACCAGGAAGAUACCCUACUGCCCACGCUUACUGUGCACGAGACGAUUCUCGAUUCGGCUUUACUGCGCCUACCCAAAGACAUGAGUCGCGCCUACAAAGAACAGAAGGUCGAAGAUGUCGAACGUCAACUUGGUAUCUACCACAUUCGCAAUCAGCUCAUUGGUUCUGAGGAGACCGGUCGUGGUAUCUCUGGUGGAGAGAAGCGUCGUGUUGGAAUCGCCUGCGAGCUAGUCACAUCCCCUAGCAUCCUCUUCCUGGACGAGCCCACGAGUGGCUUGGACGCCUUCAACGCAUUCAACGUCGUCGAGUGCCUUGCGAACCUGGUCAAGAACUACAACAGAACGGUCGUCUUCACUAUUCACCAGCCGAGAUCCAACAUCGUUGCGCUUUUCGACCAGCUGGUUCUUCUCGCUAAGGGUAGAGUCGUGUACUCUGGUCCGUUCGACAAUUGCCAGGCGUACUUUGAUAAUAUCGGCUACACCUGCCCACCUGGGUUCAACAUUGCCGACUACUUGGUCGAUCUUACGAUGCAUGCCAGCGCUGUCCAUCGUCCCAUUGACGAUGACAACUCUCUCUUCACCAGAGACGGUCUUCACACCAGCGCGAGCAGUGCAAUUGCAGUCAAGUCCAUACCGAGUAUUACUAACAUGAGCGCGAGUGACCUGGCCACAAGCCCAGCCAACUCCAGCAUCCGGCCCAAGAGCAAGCGAAGGACAUCGAUCAAGCAGCAGCAAGAACGCGAGCUCUUCACCAGGAAGAAGAGCACUGCUCCAGUUGACGGUACGCAAUCCCCCAAGACCGACGAUGAAGGCCCGUACGAUCGUCAAGAGGCUGCCAAGGCACAAUGGCUAAAACUGUCGCGUCAACAAGGUGCACCGCCGGCACAGAUUCUCGAUGAUCUCGAUGAGCUCCCGCCCCCAGCGGACGGCGGCACUGGCACGAACCUGGACGCUCUGAUCACUGCAUAUGCAACGUCAGAUGUUGCAGCUGGUAUCCACGAAGACAUCUCGAAAUCUGUUGCAAGCGCCGACGAAGCCAAUGGUGCGAACGGUCACGCUGAAGCAAACGGCUUUGUUGCAGCUGGGAAGCUCAGGGGAUACCGCAAGGUUGGUCUGCUCGGUCAGUUUGUGAUCUUGUCUCGACGUACCUGGCGCAACCUGUACCGCAACCCGAUGCUGAUGCUUACCCACUACGCUAUCGCCAUUGUUCUCGCGGUCUUCUUGGGCUUCCUCUUCUACGGUCUCACCGACGAUAUCAAGGGCUUCCAGAAUCGUCUUGGUCUCUUCGUCUUCGUUUUGGCCCUGUUCGCCUUCAGUAGUCUGACCAUCCUGACCGUCUUCGCGCCUGAGAGGCUGCUCUUCACGCGUGAGCGUGCCAAGGGCUACUACUCUCCACCUUCGUACUUUGCAGCCAAGGUCCUGUUCGACAUCAUCCCGCUGCGCCUUCUGCCUCCCAUCAUCCUGGGUAUCAUUGUGUACCCAAUGACAGGUCUCAUCCCUGCAUGGGCCAACUUCUUGAAGUUUAUCCUCUUCCUGGUGCUCUUCAAUCUUUCGGCCGCCGCCAUCUUCUUGUUCAUUGGCACCGUGUUCCGCAACUCUGGCGUCGCCAACCUGGUCGGUGUGCUGGUUAUGCUCUUCAGUCUUCUCUUCUCUGGGUUUUUCCUGAACAAGGAAAGUAUCCCGCCGCUUGCGAAGUGGCUGCAAACACUGUCAAUCUUCCACUACGCGUUUGAGGGCCUCAUCGUCAACGAGGUGAAGUACUUGUCGCUCGUCGAUCAUAAGUACGGAAUCGACAUCGAGGUACCCGGAUCAGCAAUUCUGAGUUCGUUCGGCUUCGAUGUCAUGGCGCUGUGGAAAGACUGCGUUGGACUGGGUGUGUUUGCUGGUGCGUUCGUUAUCCUCGCCUACCUCGCCAUGCACUUCCUGCUUGUAGAAAAGAGGUAGUGCGGCUGCACCAAAGGGCUAAGCGCUGGACGUUUGUGGAAUUAGAUAUCUGUUAGUAAGGGGCCCAGUUGGGUAUCUAAUUGUAAGCAUACAUGUGCGGCCUUCCCAUGUUCAGUCAGUCUUGACUGGUCUGUAUAUAUCUGCGAUCAUUUCGAUCACACGUGCAAACGAUGCUCUCCUUGU